UAAAUCAUUUGGUAAAUAUUUCUUCAUCACUCCCACCGUCACCAUCACCACCACCACCAAAGCAUCAUCAUCAUCACCAUCUACCACCACAUACAAUUUACCACCAUCACUAUCAAAGUAUUUUGAAUGAACAGUAUUUCAACCAAAGGAAAGAGACAAAAAAAGACUCUAAGUAAAAAAUACUGAGUCUGAGUCUGAAUUUGUUAUUGUUUUGGUUAUGGAUUUUUUUUUGUUUCUUUUCUUUCAUCAUUUCUGAUAUUAAACUAAAACUAUAAGAAGUUGAGUUAAAUAUUGUCCAUCGAAAAAGGUGAACAACUGAGAAAAAAAAACCUCAUCUAAAUUUCAUCUUUUAAGUUUUUAAGUUAAGUUGUUUUGGGAAAAUUUCUCAUUCAAAUUGGAAAUCAAAUAAUUUGUGUUUACCAUUUGAAACCUUUUCAUCAGAUACCUUGAGAUCCUCCAUUGUGUUUGUGUCAUCAUUGUCAGAAUUUUAUAUUCCUAUUCAUAAUCAUGGGUUGUGCCUUCACUAAGAACCUAACCAAUGGUUCAGGAUGUAAUUCAAGUGUACGUGCUAAUAAUAAAUCAGGAAAUGUGUCCAAUAAUCCACUGGAAGUGCCGGAACCACCGCCACCCGAUCCAAGGCUUCCCCUGAAUGCCAGGCAAAAGUUUCAAAUAACCAAAUCAUGGAAAGGUAUUCAAAGAGCCAUGGAACCAACCGGAGUCUCAAUGUUUAUCAAAUUAUUCGAGGAAAACUCUGAACUUCUUAAUCUUUUCACCAAAUUUCAAUCAUUAAAAACCAAAGAAUCCCAAAGAGAGUCGAUGGAAUUGGCUGAACAUGCAUCGAAAGUAAUGACAACCCUUGACGAAUCAAUUAAUUCACUCGAUAAGGUUGACUUUUUUAUGGACUAUUUACACGCAAUCGGUCGUGAUCAUCGUAAGAUACCUGGUUUCAAGAAGGAAUAUUUUUGGAGGAUUGAGAGGCCAUUUUUGACCGCCGUUAAGGACACACUCGAGGAUAGAUACACCGAGAACAUGGAAAACAUUUAUAAAAUAACUGUACAUUUCAUCCUCGAAACUUUGAUUGCCGGUUACGAGGAAGCGGAAUCGGAAGAUGUUAAUAGUAACACUAAACAAUUAGAGGAUAAUCAAGAUGCUACAACGUAACAAUUAGAUGAACGAAACUUUUUCCUUCUUGAUUCUCAUGGAUUUACAAACAAUUAACUCUGAUCAAUUUACGUGUGUAAGGACAAAGUGUUAACUGUUGUAAAUUGUUAAUCAGUCAAUGAGAGUCAAUGUUUCAAUCUAACAAUUUAAUUGGAUUACAUCUUACAAUUUUCUAGUGUAGAUGUUAAUUGUUUUGUUUCUUCUCAUUGUGAUUCAACUUGAUUCAGUUCUGCUUAAUCACCAUCAUCAUGAUACAUGAGGAUUAUUGUAUCAUCAUCAGUGUUUGAUUUGUUUCCUUCUGGCUAAUCCUGGUUGAUUUAGAAAAAUUUAUAAACAAAAAAUUGAUUCGGUUAAAAUUCAAAUCACAAUCAACAAUCAGAAUCAUCUUGUAAUUUUAAUCAUCUCCUCAUCAAUAUAAAUAUAUUUAUCUCAUCAAGGGUAAUUGUUAAUAGUUUAUCAAGAGCUGCCCGUUAAUUGUAACAUUACAAUAUCUUAAUAAUAUUGAGUUAAUUAGCUUUAAUUGUUGACCCAAUUAGUUAAAUAAUAAUUUCCAGAUUCUUGGUGCUUCAUAUUGAUAAUUAUAUAAAUCAUUUCAUUCAUAAUUUAAAUCAUCAACAUCAUCAUCAAGCUCAAGCAACAACAAUUUGUGUUAAUUAUCACCACAAAAAGAAAACAAUUUACAACAGAAAAAGAAACAAUUAACUGGAUUAAUUAAAACUAAACACUAAUCACACAAUCGACUUGCGGAUCAUCAAAAUUAAUCAUGACCGUCCAUUGAGCUUAAUCAACAAUUAGUUGAUCUAUGAAUAUAAGGAAAACGAAUCAAAAUUAACAAUUAGCUCUAAUUGUUUACAAUAAAUUACACAAUUCACAAGUGAAAGCCAAACAAAAUUCAACAAAUCUAAUCAACAAUUAAAAAACUAAUUAUUGUGUCAAAAGAAAAAGUAACAACCAAAUGAAAUAUUAUCUUUUAAUGAACAAACAACAGCAAUUAAAUUACUCUCAUGGUUAUUACUAAAUUGUCAUCGUUAUAAUCAUCAAGGUUUGAUUGUUGUUCUGUGAAUGUUAAUUAAAACCAAAAAUCCAUGGGAAUCAAUGAAUGAGAAAUGAAAAGAGGAAUAGAAGAAAAAAAAGUUUAAUUCUAAAAAAAGUAAACAAAGAAAAUCGAAUUUCAAUUGAUGAGAAUUUUUUGUUUUCUUUUUCGCAUCCAAAUAAAUCUUCCUCAUCUUCAUCAUGAUCAUUCAUUCAGUUCAAUAUUCAGGAUGAAGUCAGAAUUGUGAUAACUAAUAAUCAUGAGAAGUUUAUUCAUAUGGAAUCGAGAUCUUUGUUCAGAACUUUUUUUUUCUUUGCUCAGAAAUUUUUUAUCGAAUUUUUUUCUUCUCUCUCAUUCUCUCUCUCUCUCUCUAUUUCUUUUCAAGUUAUCAUCAUGAAAUCCUCUGAAUUGUCAGUUAAAUAAACAGUUAUGAAAACUGUUGAAAGGUUAGUAAACAAUUUACAGAAUUGACAGAAAACAAAUAUUAUGAAUAUCCAACCAACUUUAAAAAAUUUUUUCCUUUCUGUUAAUUGUUGUCAGUCCAUUUUCAUCAUUAACUUAAUUGUGAUCAUUAAAUUGAUUAUAAUUGAUGUUAAAUUGCUUCAUUUCUUUCCUUUGUUUACUUUUCAUUCAUUAAUCAUGAUAAUUAAUCAACAAUCAAUUUCGGUUUUCUUUUUUCUCAAUCUAAUCAAAUCUCAAACUUUUCUUUGCUUAAUUGUGUUGAUACAAUGAUUCAGAUAAUUUAACAACAUUAUCGUUUCUUUUUAUAUCUUAAUUAUGUAAAUUGUUUCACCAUAAAUCAUGUAAACAUUAACAUCUCUCUCAUCUAACAAUUAAACAAACACAAUAUGUACAAUUAACUGAUUAUAAUCAACUGUAUGUAACACUUAAUAUAUCAACUGAUUAAAUGUAAAACUUGUUGAUUAGUUUUGAUUAACAUUUA